ACUUGGGGUCGGUGCUGGAGGAGUUCCUAGAUAUAUAUAAAUUCCCCCUUAGCCAUUUGAUUCUCUGUUGCUCUCAACCUUGCCUUUGGACUCGGCAUCGAGGUUCAAGAACCCAGACAUCAUCAUACCACUUUGAUUUUUAUCAACACAAGCUUACAAUAAUAUAUAUUCUAUAAUAUAUUACAUCAGAAGUGCUAGAACCCUACUGCUGUGCUUGGUUGGUUGUAUCAGGAGCUGAUUCACACAGAGAGAAAGAAAGAGAGAGGGACAGAGCAAAAUGUCGGAUAGUGAUAAAGAAUUUGACAAGCAGUUUGAGAGUCGCUUAACUCAAACCUUUUUGAACCUUGAGCCGAUUGAUCCUCUGCUGUACAGGAGCACGCACUUGUUCAAGCCGACAUUUGGCCGCGCCGUGUUUGGCGGUCAGGUUGUGGGCCAGGCACUAGUGGCUGCCUCAAAGACGAUGUCCUCAGACCGGGAGGCACACAGUCUGCACUGCUACUUUCUCCGACCAGGUUCUGUAGAUAAACCCAUAUUGUAUUAUGUCAAGCAAAGCCGAGAUGGUCAGACGUACUCAAACCGUUUUGUGGAUGCCACCCAAGACGGCCGAUCAAUCUUCACCAUGAUGGUGUCCUUCAAGAAAGCCGAGUCCGACCCGUUUGAGCAUCAGUUCACCAUGCCUGUCGUCCCACCACCUGAAGACUGUUUAGAGAUCAACGACAUUCUCAAGCAAAGGCUAGAAUUGGAAGACGUAGGUGAGAAGGAGAGAGACUACAUAGAACAUCGUCUCACCGAGGAAGUCACUUUGUUACGGAAACCGACUGAUGCCAAUGUUUACUUCAACUCCUCACCUCUUCCAGCCAAGCAAUGUGUGUGGAUCAAAACAUUAGGACAUUUAGGUAACCAUCAGCCCAUGCACAAAUGCGCAGCAGCCUUCAUGUCAGACACGAUGCUGAUUGGUACAGCACUGCUUCCAGCCGGCCGGCGUACCGGCGGUGGGAGAUUCUUCAUGACCUCUGUGGACCACGCCAUGUGGUUCCAUCACCCCGUACAGGCUGACGAGUGGCUUCUGUAUGAGAUGGAGAGUCCACAAUGUGGGGGUGGGCGUGGCUUCUGCAGUGGCAGAAUGUGGGAUACCAGCGGGAGGCUUGUCUUGUCUGUGGCCCAGGAGGGGGCGGUUCGAACCAUGGAGAGCAAGCCAAGGCCGCGGGUACACGAGGGGCAGGAUGUGGAACAGAGCGGGGACUCUGGUGCUGUCGGUUGCUCAGGAGGGAGUGGUCAGGUCAAGCAAGCCUCGCCUGUAACCUCUGCCUCCGUGACCCCUACAUCAGCUGUGAACCCUCGACCCGUGACCUCCACAUCAACUGUGACCCCACCCACGACCUUGACUAUGACCUCAGCUCCUGCCACUGCUAUAAAUACCUCCAGCUUCUGGUCUGCCAGACUCGGGCAGCAUUUGAUGCGAUUUGCUAAGAGACUUGUGAGAAUUUAAGAUGAUAUUUCUAAAGAAAUAUUGAUAAUUAGAAAAAGAGAGGAUAUAAUCUGUAGAAGAAUUGUGUCAAUGGGGGCACAAUUUUUAAACAAUUUUAAACUUGUGUAGAACUGAUGAAAUCCUCAAAGUCUUUGUUUUUUUGUUUACCAGAGUAUGCCAUAGUGGAAAACCCAAUUUUAAAAAAAAA